GCACCAUGCACCCCCAAGGCCGCACCGCCUCCCUGCAGCUGCUACUCGGCCUCCUCUUCCUUGGGCUGCUGCUGCUGCUGCUGCAGUUACCCGCGCCGUCCAGCGCCUCUGAGAACGCCAAGGUGAAGCAAAAAGCGCUGAUCCGGCAGAGAGAGGUGGUAGACCUGUACAAUGGAAUGUGCCUGCAAGGACCAGCCGGGGUUCCUGGUCGCGACGGGAGCCCUGGGGCCAAUGGCAUUCCUGGUACACCUGGAAUCCCAGGCCGGGACGGAUUCAAAGGAGAAAAGGGGGAGUGCAUAAGGGAAAGCUUUGAGGAGUCCUGGACCCCGAACUACAAGCAGUGUUCAUGGAACUCAUUGAAUUACGGCAUAGACCUUGGGAAAAUUGCGGAAUGCACGUUUACAAAGAUGCGCUCCAACAGUGCUCUGCGAGUUCUGUUCAGCGGCUCACUCCGGCUAAAAUGCAGAAAUGCGUGCUGCCAGCGCUGGUAUUUUACAUUUAAUGGAGCCGAGUGUUCAGGUCCUCUUCCCAUUGAAGCCAUCAUCUAUCUGGACCAAGGAAGCCCUGAAUUAAACUCAACUAUUAAUAUCCACCGUACUUCCUCCGUGGAAGGGCUCUGCGAAGGGAUCGGCGCUGGGCUGGUAGACGUGGCCAUCUGGGUCGGCACUUGUUCAGAUUACCCCAAAGGAGACGCUUCGACUGGGUGGAACUCAGUGUCUCGCAUCAUCAUCGAAGAACUACCAAAGUGAAGCCUCUCAGGCUUUCAUUCCCUACCUCGUUUAUUUUUGGAAUCAAGCCUUUGAAUGGUUCAUUUUUAAUGACAUUUAAGAAAUCACAUUAUGUACUCAGCUGAAUGAAAAAGCAAAGUUAAAUAUGUUGACAGACCCAAGUGUGAUUUCACACUUUAAAAUCCAGCCUUAUCCAUUUUGUUUCAACCAAAGAUGGUUUCAGGAUUUUUUUUUUUUUUUCAUUCAUUACUUUUCUCAUGAUUCUUAUCUUUGAACCUAUAUAUUGGAAUGUUGUUACAGUCUUAGUAUCUGUCAACAUUU